GAUAAUAGAAGGUCUGAGAGAGAAACCAAUUCCUGGUACAAAUGAAAGAUAUAUUGCCAUUUAUGAAAAAUGCUGGCAAAAUAAACAAAUUGAUAGACCAACUAUUAAUGAAGUGUCAAUAGGGUUAAACGAUAUUGUCAACCCUUUUUAUAAAGAUCUUUCUUAUCAUGAUGUCCCAGUUAGUGAAAUUGAUAUAUCUGAAUUUAGAGACUUCUUUAAGGAAUAUGUCAAUACUAUUUUCGAUGGACCUUUGAAAGUUUCACCAACUUCAGAACCUCAUGCCAAUGAACAAGAUCCUAAAGAUCCUAAAGCUACCUUUAUAAAUGAACUUUACUUAAAUUUUUGUGAUAUGUUUAACAAAGGUAUGUCCGUUCCUAGGACAAUUAAAAAUUAUAUAUCUAAAAAUGGAAAAUCAGAAAGUGUUGUUUUAAAUUGGUUAUAUCUUAAAGAUGAGCCAAAAUAUGUUUGUUUUCGCGGAAUAUUCUAUAUGUGGAAUAUUGGUACGAAUGAAGAAAAUAAGAUGGAU